GGACAGCACAGUGUUAUACUGAGUGGGAAGCAGUGUGAUCUCGUCCACGGAGAGUGGCCGUUUUUUGUGUUUUUUUUUUAUAUUAAAAUUAAAAGUAAGAAAAAUCAACUAACCACAGCGAAACACGGACAUUGGAUUCGUUAUUUAUAAGAAACACAGCUAAGACCUGCACGGAUUAUCAACGGGGAAAGCGAUUUUAGAGACGGCGAAUGGAAAUUUAAUGACCGGACAAAAGCAAUCCGGUCUGGCUGGGCGAGGAAUUUAAAAACAACGGACCUUGAGCGAGAUUAUAACAGAGAGGCCACUGCAAAAAUCACACAUAUCACAGCCUCCUUAAAAAUCCAGGAAAUUUACCAUCAGAUUUGGAAAUGGCCGGAACGUCGGGAUACGGGAAGUUCACCCACGCGGUGGUCCGAGGAAUCCCGGAUUCCUUCGGGAAGAGUAAAGCGACAGGAGGAGAGGGGGAGGAGGUGGAUCUGGCCAAAGCCCAGCGCCAGUACGGAGUCUAUACUGGGAUCCUGAGGCAGAAACUGGGGCUGCAGCUGAUAGAGAUCCCAGCUGACAGCACGCUGCCGGAGAGCUGGAGUGUGGAGGAUACAGCCGUCAUACAGGGAGAUACAGCUCUCAUCACACAGCCCUGGAACAAGGACAGGAGGAGAGAGACCGAGGCUGUGAGGAAGGUGCUGGAGGAGCUGAAGCUGCAUGUGGUUGAAGGUGCUGAUGAUGAGAACGCCACUCUGGAUGGCAGCGAUGUGCUUUUUACAGGGCGGGAGUUCUUUGUGGGGAUUUCCUCGUGGACGAAUCACAAGGGAGCCGAGCUUGUCGCUGAUACCUUUAGGGAUUUUGCUGUCUCCACUGUGCCUGUCAGCGGAGUCGCGCACCUCAAGAGUUUCUGCAGCAUGGGGGGUCCUGACACCAUCGUGACGGGGAGCAGCGAGGCGGCCAAGCAAGCACUCAAGGCGAUGGAGCAGCUCACUGACCACCACUACGAGAUCUUGACCGUUCCUGACGAUGCUGCGGCUAACUGCGUCUACGUCCGAGUGGGGUCAAAGAGCAACUACCUGCUGCACCGGAGCGCAGAGGAAUACCCAGAGAGUGCUGCUGCUUUUCAGAAGCUCACAGACUACACUCUGCUCCCCACCUCCUGCAGCGAGACCUCCAAGCUAGGGGGCGCCCUCUCCUCCUGCUCCCUGCUCAUCAACCGCCGACUGGACCUCUAACCACUCCCCCCUAAGCCUGUGAGAGCCAACCAGGGAGCACGGAACACUCUGUAUAGGAGGAGCUUUCACAGAAACCACACCCACAAACCGGGCACUAGGGAUCCACACCAAAAGAGGCAGAUUUCUUUUGUUUUGUGUUUAAUGGUCUUGUGUAAAUAGCAUUUCUUGGCAUACUAGAUCAGAGCUCAACCAAUCUGAUUGCUAAACGUUGCGGGGAUUUACUGAAACCCGCUUUUGGUAGACCAGAGAAGCAGAUUUAAGGCUGCUUUUGGGGUAUUUGUUUUGAACCCAUUUCAUACACACCUCAUGAAACGUGUUCAUUAAGGCUUUGCCACUUUAAGAAUAACUAGCUUCAAACUUUUUUUGCUGCUUCCUUUACAUUCUAUGAUGUUUCCAGUGAUUCGGAGAGCUUCUUCUUGCAAUGAGCCGUACUGUGUUAGUUUCAUUUCUCAAGUCUGUGUUGUGACUCGGAGUUCAGGAGCUGCUCUUCACUUUUAGCUGCUUGUCUGAAGAAUGCCUCGUUCCCACUAGGUUUUUUUUUUAUAGCUUUCAGUUUGUGUUUAAAAAAUGAAAGCGUUGCACUGCUAAACGUAAAACCACAAUACAUCUUAAAGAAGUGCCUUAAUAACCUAUGCAGCUGCUGGCUAACAUCACCUAGUGUUUACAUAUCAAGUUCCACAUGUUUCAUCACGGCAGUAAACACUGGCUACGUGAUGAUGCACUUCCUUUGCAGCCAGUUUGGCUACAUGGAGGAUGAGAUACAAAACCUGAGCAGAUAGCCGCUCGGACGAGCCGUGGAAACACCUUGUUUUGUUGCCGUGGGCAGCGGUUGCCGGGAGCGCCAGGCAGUGGAAAUGAUACACACAUGUAAUGUAGGCUUGAUCAACCAGUCUCUUUAUUAGUAAGCACCAGCACCACCUAGUGCACCACUAGUGUAUUGCAAGAAUAACAAACGUGGUCAUUUAGUGGUCUGCCACUUUGGAUGACGUUUCCUUUCGUUUUGCUGGUAAUACACUAGCUGUGCACUAGAUGGUGCUGGUGCUUACUAGUAUAAAGACACUUUGAUCUAGCCUGUAUUAGUCUUUGGCUGCAAACUAUAACUGAUGAGCAGCUCCUAAACAGAUAAUCAAAGCACCUUAACACAGAUUAAUGAUUAAUAAUAAUAAUAAUAAUAAUAAUAAUAAUAAUAAUAAUAAUAAUAAUAAUAAAAAUAAAAGGUAUUUGAGUAAUUGCAAAAAUAACCACUCCAAGUGACUGGAAACACUAAAAAUAAAGGUACAUUAAGAAAAUAGUAUUAGACAAAUGAUUGUUAAAAUUGUGUUAGUUUACAAAAUAAAUAAAUACAUUAAGUAGCUUGUGUGCAGCUAGAACUUCCUUAGGGAAUAUAAACCACCUGGACAGCCAACAAGGUUCCUGAGCAUACACAGCAAGCUGCAGAACGGAGCAGAGAUUCUCCCAGCAUUCAGGCAGCAGUGAGACGCUGCAGGACACUGCAAAUGUAAAUUCGCUUUUUUCAGGUCCUGCAAUGAUUGUUGAGAAAUUGCCAGGAAAGAUUUUUUAAAAUUCUUUUCUUAAUAACCCUGAGCUAAAUGUACAGCGCAUUUUGAAUUCCUGUGUUUUAGAUAUCUUUACUAAUCUCUUGAAUGACAGCCUGGACUGCAGGUUAUAUCAAUUUGUCAUGUAAAACAAAAAAUAUGAAAAAAUAAAGCUGUGAAGAAAACUGUCAA